AUGGCAUCUUCUACAGCAUAUUCUUCAAAACUAACAUCGUUCGGAAAUAAUUCUAUUAAAGAACUUUAUGUUAAUGCUAUGAUAGUACCAGGCGAUGAUUCCGAAGACAAGUUUCUAAAAGAUUCGACAGGAUCCGACGUCGGAACAUGCCGGAAUCUGAUGAAAUCUGGCACAAUCCCACCAGAACCAUGUCAUAUUAUGUCAGAAUCCGGACCGAUGAUAUUUGUUUUACAAGUUAAACAAGCUAAAUAUGUUGUAGAUCAACUAAUUUUUGUCGAAUUUCGUGAAAGUUAUCGACUUCGUAAUAGACGAUUAUACAAUAAAUCUUAUCACUUGCAGCAUGAAAUGUUUUUAUUACGAGCAAAUUUAUUGCAUGCAAUCAAUGCUAUAAAUAAUUGUGUAUUAACAACAUUUCAUACAGCCGGUGAAAUAUUUAUGAAAAAAAAUUCAUCUCAAUCGAUUGAUAUUGAAACAAUGAUACAGUUAUCUUAA